UGAGUGGAGGUGGUAAGUGGAGAACCCGCCGCGCAGUCUCACAGUUCCUCGCCGCCCUUCUCACUGACAGGACGUGCUGACUGUCUGUCUGUCUGUCUGCGUGUCUGCCUGUUGGUGGUGGUAGUGGUAGUGAAGACUUAGUUGCUGUUUGUCUGUGUGCCGAUAACUCAGCUGGGGACACAUGCUGGCCAGGAGUGUGCCCGUCCUGCUGGUGCUGGCGUGGGCGUCCGUGCCUUGCUCAGCCCGCCCACAGCGCUUCCUCCGUCGAGGCCCGCCCACGGCAUCAGAGCUGGAGCUACAGAGACUGCAGCUGCGCCCUUUUGUGAAGGAGGGGACGGCGGACGGCACAGGGGACUACAGUGACGCAAUAUACGCUGCCAGACUGGCUAAGGAACUGACGAAGCUGGAGGCUAGCAAGAGAAAUGUUUACGUCGACUUUAUAUCCUCCCUCUAUAUGAACCCACAAGUCCGCAGCGGGCUCCCCGCUGACCUGCAGCGCCUGUCGAGGGGAGCGCCGUCCCCUGCUGGUCCUGUCAGGGUCAUCACCUCCUCCACCUCCUCCUCCUUCGGCUCCCUCCCCCCCGUCCCCUUCUCCAGCUUCUCCCACCCAGGGUUAGCACCCGGGCCCCGCUUCCCCAUCCGCCGCUCCACCAGCCCGAGAUAAGAGAGAGAGAUAGAGAGAGAGAGAGAGAGAGAGAGAGAGAGAGAGAGAGAGAGAGAGAGAGAGAGAGAGAGAUGUGGGCGGGAGAAUAAGGCCGAUGUGUUUACUUAAGGUUGGGACUGAGAAAGAGAGAGAGAGAGAGAGAGAGAGAGAGAGAGAGAGAGAGAGAGAGAGAGAGAGAGAGAGUGUAUUGAUGAUGACUGUGGUAUAAUAGAAGGAAAAAAAAAGAUAAUAGUAAUAAUGAAAAAAAUGAAAAGAAAAACGAGAGAAUUGAUGAUGAUGAUAAUGUGAUAUUAAUGGUAAUAAUAAUAAUAAUAAUAAUAAUAAUAAUAAUAAUAAUAAUAAUAAUAAUAAUAAUAAUAAUAAUAAUAAAGUAAUAAUUUUUGUCUCGUUAUAUUUAGAUUAAAAAAAAGAAUGCUCCAAAAUUAAUCUCUACAUUUCGUGACUUUCAUCUUUUUUCUAAUUUGUUUUUAUAAUUAGAUACUUUAAGGCUUAAUUACGUUGCUGAUUCAUUUAUUUACUAAUUUACUUAUUCAGUAUUUUUGUGUCCUAGUUUUCUUACUGUGUGUGUGUGUGUGUGUGUGUGUGUGUGUGUGUGUGUGUGUGUGUGUGUGUGUGUGUGUGUGUGUGUUUUGUUUUCUUUUUUUUUCAGCCUUUAUAAUCUCUUGGAAUUGUUUUAUUUGUUUAUUUUUGUCCUUACAACGAAAAAGAAGCAUAUUAUUUUGCUGUGCACGUAUGUAGGUAACCAGAUUAUUAUUAUUAUUAUUAUUAUUAUUAUUAUCAUUAUUAUUGUUAUUAUUCUUAUUAUUCUUCUUAUUAUUAUUAUUAUCUUAGCAUUCUCAUUAUUUUGCUGUGCUUUAAAUGAUACAUGGGAACAAGUAAGACCUUUUAUUUUAUUUUAUUUUUUUUUUUUUUUAUUUUGUUUCAUUUUAUUGACUUGCUUUUCUGCCGUCUACUAAUGUCAGUGUGUGAUGGAGGCGGCAUGACAAGGCACACUCAUUCUGCUUGUGGUGCAUUUCCGAAAAUAUAUGAAAAAAAAAAUAAAAGCUUAAAUGUGCUUUUUUCCCUGCUUCUAUUAAUGCAUCAGUGUUUCGUUGACCGAACAAACAAUAUAUUUCACUUUUUUUUUUUUUUACCUUCUUGUCCAUUCUUGUUUUAUUAAAGUUUUCAUUUUUUCUGUUUUCAUUUUUUUCCAUUUUUUUCAUUAUAUCUGUACUUUUUUAUCGUCUUAUGUUAUUAUAAAAGUAAUGAUUUUUUUUCAUCUCUCUCUUUCCCCUGUAACUAUUAUCGAAAUUUAAUUGUUCUCUUUUGUUUUUGUUUUUUCCACUACCGCUUUUGCGAAAACCUUAAUUAUUCUUGUCACAUUUGUCACUGUUACCAUAAUUCCGGUACCUUGCAUUCCUUUUUUUCCUACUGCUGUUGUGAAGAUCGUUACUUUUUUGCCAGUAUUUUUUAUUCUUUUCAAAAUUUUCUCCCGCCACAUUUUGGAAUUUGAAUGCAUAGGUACUUUGAAACUGACUCUAAGUACUUUAAAAAUAUUAUUCUACAUUUUAGUUACAUAUAUAUAUUUUUUUCGAUGAUUAAAAAAGUAUAUGUAAUUCAUUAUGCCUUAAGAUUAUCAUUGUAUAUAAUUGCAACACGAGCCUUUUGUAUUCCUUCACUCUGAGGACUUGGAGUGAAAUAAUAAAGUCUAUUUUGCAUA